UGAAAAAAAAACAAGGUUAGGUUUACAUGAAGGAGCCGCCGCAACUCUUACGAUGCAAUUUCAGCUGGUUGAUGGACGAUCCACGCCCCGCUUGGUUCUUGCAUUCAAAUCGCAGCUUUGCCCUUUCUCGAUCGAUUGAAGUGCCGAGCCCCACGACGAGCCUGGUUUCCUUGAAUUUCUUUACGCCUUCAGGCACAGGCGCAUAGAAGAUCAUGGCAAUGCAUACUUUAGCUUUGGCAUUCUGUCCACAUACUUUGCUUAUCCAUACACGAAAAUUCUCCGGAAUACGAUAUUUGCACUUGACAUAUCCAGAAAGAACUUUUAUUCAUUGUGCUGGAAAGAUUCCUCCUCGCAUUUGUUUCGUGUGGCCAACUUUUCCCUGUGCUAAAAAUUCCAGUACCAUAUCUAAACAAAGGAGGCUGAACUGGACGACAGGGAGUAUGACAGACGGCAACCAAUCCGAUACACCUGAAAGCAGCACCAGCAGUGCAACUCGACUGAUAAGAACGAUUCAAUCUUUUCAAACUAAGCUGAGUGCUCGGAUCAAGCAGUUGAGGAAAGGGAUAUGGAUCAAAAUUUUCUUUUUCUUGGUAGGAUUCUACUCUGCUACAGCAUUUGCAACAGUGAUCGGGCAAACCGGCGACUGGGACAUUCUUUCUGCUGGCUUUGCUGUUGUCGUGGUGGAGGGGAUCGGUGCCCUCAUGUACAGAGCUUCACUUACCUUUCUCGACAAGUUCAAGAGCCUAAUCACCGUCUUCAAUUACUGGAAGGCCGGGCUUUCCCUGGGAUUGUUCUUGGACGCGUUCAAGUAUGAAAUCGAAUCGUGUAUCGAAUCAUGUAAGCCAUCCAAUUUUGAAAUCGAUAUAUUCCCCGCGAUAUGGUAGCUAAAUUGAACUCAAUAAGUUUUUGUGGUGGAGUUUCUCCGUUUGGCGUGUUCCAAGGGGAAAUCUCGAAACAGGGGACAUUGCAGAGUCUGUUCUGGUAAUUUUAAAGAUUUAGGGGGUAUUUAUAAAUAAGGUAAAGUUUGGGGGUGAAACAAUAUAUUUCCCUAAAUAAAGGCGGUUGGAUCGCGACAUGGCUUAAUUACAUGGCGCGAGCCCAGCCCACCGUGGAGCACCACGUUGUUGACCCCACCUUCCCUCUGCCGGCUCCAUCGCCUCUCCUCCCUCUCCCGGCCCUUGACGCCCUCCUGGUCGCCGCCAUCGACGCCGCCGCCGGCCCCCGCCACCUCCGUGCCGCCCACGCCGCUCUCGUCCGCCUCGGCCUCCACCACAGAUGCUUCCUCGUCACCAAGCUCCUCCGCCGCCUCUCCGAUUAUCGCGUCCCCCUCCACCCUUACCCCCUCCUCAUCUUCUCCCUCGUCCCCCGCCCCAACUCCUUUCUAUGGAACUCCCUUAUCCGCUCCGCCGCACUCCUCAACCCUUCCCACUCCGACCACCAUCCCCUCCGCCUCUACUCCCUCAUGCGCCGUAGCUGGCCCCCGACGCCGCCCCUCUCCUUCACUUUCUCCGCCCUACUCAAAUUCGCCACCUCCCAAGAAUCCCUCUCCAGCGGCCGCCAGAUUCACGCCCAAGCCAUCUUCAUCGGCGGUUUCGACGCUGACCUUUUCGUCCGGAACACUCUCAUCUCCAUGUACGUCGGAUGCUCCGACAUAGCGGCCGCUCGAAGGGUGUUCGACGAAAUGCCCGUUCGAGACGCUAUCUCUUGGACUUCGUUGAUUGUGGCUUACACCAAAAGCGGCGACCUUUCUUCAGCACGAGGGUUGUUUGAGGCAUCUCCCGUGAAGGACGUUGUGGCAUGGACUGCAAUGAUCACAGGAUACGCCCAGAAUGCGAUGCCCAAAGAGGCGCUGCUGGCAUUCGAGAGGAUGAGAGAAGCGGACGUAGUUAUGGACGAAGUUGCCUUGGUCGGCGCCAUUUCUGCCAUCGCUCAGUUAGGUGCUGCAAAACACGCACUUUGGCUUCGGGAUCUGGUGGAGAAGAUUGGGCUCGACCAGAACCUUUUGGUUGGAUCGGCAAUGGUGGAUAUGCAUGCAAAAUGCGGGCUGAUCGACGAGGCCCGUCGGGUGUUUGAUAAAAUGACAGACCGGAAUGUCUACUCCUACAGUGCAAUGAUCGCUGGACUCGCUACAUACGGAAGAGCUUUGGAAGCCAUUUCAUUGUUUAAAGAAAUGGUAGGCGAGACGAACGUGAAACCAAACCAUGUCACAUUCAUCGGCCUCCUCACAGCUUGUAGCUAUACUGGGAUGGUGGAGGAAGGUCGACGCUACUUCAGGAUGAUGGAGGAUGAGUAUGGUAUCGUUCCUUCCGCUGAUCAUUACACAUGCAUGGUCGAUUUGUUGGGGCGUGCUGGACUAGUCGAAGAAGCACUUGAUCUAGCGAGGUCUAUGCCAAUAAAGCCGCACGGUGGUGUCUGGGGUGCGUUGCUCAGUGCCUGUCGGAUCCAUGGAAAGACAGAGAUUGCGAGAAUUGCCGCCGAUCAUAUAUUCGAGCUCGAGCCUGAUGGGGUCGGCAACUACGUGUUGCUCUCGAAUAUAUAUUCAUCUGCAGGGAUGUGGGACGAGGUGUUGAAGGUUCGGAGACUGAUGAGAGCGAGGGGGCUAAGGAAAAAUCCUUCAGCGAGCUGGACAGAAGAUAAAGAUGGUUCCGUCCACGAGUUCUUUGCAGGGGACAAUUCCCACCCGAGAAUCCGGCAGAUAAAGCGCGCAUUAGAGAAUCUGUUGGGCAUGUUGAAGCUUCGAGGUUAUGUGCCCGUAUUGAGUUCUGUUGUUUAUGAUGUCAAGGACGAAGAGAAAGAAAGGCUGUUGAAAGGUCACAGCGAGAAGUUGGCAUUGGCAUUCGGCUUGUCGACGACUUCUGCAGGAGACACGAUAAGGAUAUCGAAGAACCUUAGGAUAUGCGACGAUUGCCAUUUGGUGAUGCGACUUGCAUCAAGGGCUGUGGAAAGGGAGAUUGUGGUGAGGGAUAACAUGAGGUUUCACCAUUUCAAAGAUGGGGAAUGCUCAUGUCGAGAAUUUUGGUAAAGAUUCAAUAUGCAAUUCGAUCCUUUUAGUGAAAAUAAUUAUUAU